CCCGUUCCUUUUCCUUUGGAGCUUUCCUACACCAUCACCACUUACAAGCCUUGGAUCUACCAUACUCGAUUCUCCAACCUUGUGGUCAGCUUAGCCGAGCUCUCCACUCUUUUAUCACACACCUCGUCUACUAUCUAGAUUGCUCCGUCUUCUACCAUCUCGGCCUCGUCGUCCUCGCCGCCGUCCUCCCACACUCCGACCCUGCCUCCCACGCAUAGGUCCUCUUUCUCUUUAAUCCAAUUGAUCUCACUCCGUCUGGUCACUUAUGGUUCAAUAAUCCCACUCCGUCUCUUUUACACUCGAUUGAUCCUCCCAGUCCAACUUCUCCACACUCCAUCGUCGUCUAAGUCGACGCGCCCUGGGCUUACAAGCACCACCGCGUCUGCCACUUAACCGUACACCCUCCUAGGCACCGUAGCACCGCACUUCACUGCACACUCGGCAGCGUGAACUCUAACCAGAUUCAAGAAUCUCACCCAAAUCUAGCACAGAUCUUGACCAGCAAGAUGUCUUCCUUUGGUCGCACCUCGUCGCCGGUCCUCACCAUGCCGCUGCAGUCUGCUGUCCAGGCGCCCUUUGGCAGACAGCUAUUCACACAUCCAUCGUCGUUUGGCCAGUCGGCUUCAUGGACCCAGUCCUUCGCGCAAAACAUGGCACAGGCGUCACGGGGCCGCAAACGGUCCCGCGACGAGGCGGCGGUUAACCUGGACGCUCCUGAGAAGGCGCCGCCGCCGGUCGAACUCCCCAAGGAGUCCGAGGACGAGUGGGAGUAUGGCCCGGGCAUGGUCCUCAUCAAGAAGAGCACUGGCUACGUGCACGACGCAUCCAACCAGACUGGUACCUGGCUCGAGGAGCAGAAGGCUCGUGACGAGGCCCGCAAGGUCGCAGAUGCACUUGAGCUCCAACAGCGACAAGCCAUGGAUCGCCCAUCCCUGAGGAGCAACAAGUCAUCCCGCCUAGACGUCUCGACCCGCCCGGACAGCUCGCCAAUCCGCUCCAGCGCUGACAACGCCACCCAAUCACCAUCCGACUCGCCCUGCCAGCCAAUUGUGGACGACUUCACCAUGCACCUCGGCAUUGGCUGGAGCCGCAUCAGCGACGAUGAGCACAUCCAGGCUGCCGCUCGCGGAUGGGCCAGGUACAUCGAGAACCACUACCCUGUCAGCAACGCCAAGAUCCGACUGGAGAGCCGAGGCCUCGAGUCGUAUCUCGUCGAGGCCAACGAGGGCUACUUCCUUUUCGCAGAGAACCUGCGUCAGGGACGCCUCGUCAGCCAGGACUCCCAGCGCGCCCUCGACAACCUCAAGUCGUCGCCCCCAACAUUCGACGGCGCCGAGACCAUGAUGGCCGCUUCAACACCGAAGCCGGUCGAUGCCGACCCCAUGGCCCACCACGAAGUUGUCAUGGACAUGAACUGAUUGGCUCAAACGACUUUGGCUUGGUGCUUUGUUUGAUUAUGUGGGGUGUCAAUUGGGCGUUUUGGUUGGUAGCACUGCCAGCUGGUAUGGAUGACGGACCGGCACGAGGACGAUCGAUCCAAAUCGACGACGACAUUUCCGACCCAGGCGCAACGAGCUUUUCUCUUUUAGCUUGCUCUGGAUGAAUUUCCCGAUUUUCUAAUUUCUCUCUGGGAAGGUAAAACAAACAGCGGCGUUACUUGCUUUCAUUUCGGGGAACAAGGACAUGACGGCGUCCUUGCAUUUGUCUGUAACACUACCACCAGUUUACGCCCAUACGGCGCCAUCGUGCCCUAUCAUACGAUGCAGCGCUGAAUUAACUUUCUAUUCUUCAAAAA